UGCGCGCGCGCGCGCGGGUGCGAACGGGAAAGGCCGCGAGGGCCAGUCCGGGCGGUGGAGACGACGGACGGUGACCAUGGCCGCGACAGCGGGCGGAGGUCCGGGAGCGGCAGCAGGCGCCGUGGGUGCAGGGGGUGCGGCGGCCGCCUCUGGCCUGGCCGUGUACCGGAGGAAGGACGGGGGCCCAGCCAGCAAGUUUUGGGAGAGCCCGGACACGGUGUCCCAGCUGGAUUCGGUGCGAGUCUGGCUGGGCAAGCACUACAAGAAGUAUGUUCAUACAGAUGCUCCUACCAAUAAAACCCUGGCGGGACUGGUGGUGCAGCUUCUUCAGUUCCAAGAAGACGCCUUCGGGAAGCAUGUCACUAACCCAGCUUUCACCAAACUGCCGGCAAAAUGCUUUAUGGAUUUCAAAGCUGGAGGCACCUUGUGUCACAUUCUUGGGGCUGCUUACAAGUACAAAAAUGAGCAAGGGUGGCGGAGAUUUGAUCUUCAGAAUCCAUCUCGAAUGGAUCGUAAUGUUGAAAUGUUCAUGAACAUCGAAAAAACAUUGGUACAGAACAAUUGCCUGACUAGACCCAACAUCUACCUCAUUCCAGACAUUGAUUUGAAGUUGGCUAACAAGCUGAAAGAUAUCAUCAAACGGCAUCAGGGGACAUUUACUGAGGAGAAGUCAAAAGCUUCCCACCAUGUGUUUCCAUAUCCUUCCUCACAAGAGGACGAGGAAUGGCUGAGGCCAGUGAUGAGGAGAGACAAGCAGAUGCUGGUGCACUGGGGCUUCUACCCAGAUAGCUAUGAUACUUGGAUUCACAGUAAUGAUGUUGAUGCUGAAAUUGAAGAUCCCCCCAUUCCUGAAAAGCCAUGGAAGGUUCAUGUAAAAUGGAUUUUGGACACUGAUGUUUUCAAUGAAUGGAUGAAUGAAGAAGAUUAUGAAGUAGAUGAGAACAGGAAGCCAGUGAGUUUUCGUCAGCGAAUUUCAACAAAGAAUGAAGAGCCAGUCAGAAGCCCAGAGAGAAGAGAUAGAAAAGCAUCAGCCAGUGCUCGCAAGAGGAAGCAUUCCCCUUCUCCUCCUCCUCCCACACCCACAGAAUCCCGGAAGAAGAGCGGGAAGAAAGGACAAGCUAGCCUUUAUGGCAAGCGUAGAAGUCAGAAAGAAGAAGAUGAGCAAGAAGAUCUUACCAAGGACAUGGAAGACCCAACACCUGUACCAAAUAUUGAGGAAGUGGUCCUCCCUAAGAAUGUAAACCCAAAGAAAGAUAGCGAAAACACACCCGUUAAAGGAGGCACCGUGGCAGAUCUAGAUGAGCAAGACGAAGAAGCAGUUACAACAGGAGGAAAGGAAGACGAAGAUCCUAGCAAAGGUGACCCGAGUCGGUCAGUUGACCCAGGUGAAGAUAACGUGACAGAACAAACUAAUCACAUCAUUAUUCCCAGCUAUGCAUCCUGGUUUGAUUAUAAUUGUAUUCAUGUGAUUGAACGGCGUGCUCUUCCUGAGUUUUUUAAUGGAAAAAACAAAUCCAAGACUCCAGAAAUAUACUUGGCGUAUCGGAAUUUUAUGAUUGACACAUACCGUCUAAACCCCCAAGAAUAUUUAACCAGCACCGCUUGUCGGAGAAACCUGACUGGAGAUGUGUGUGCUGUGAUGAGGGUCCAUGCUUUCUUAGAGCAGUGGGGUCUUGUUAACUACCAAGUUGAUCCAGAAAGUCGACCCAUGGCAAUGGGACCUCCUCCUACUCCUCAUUUCAACGUGUUGGCUGAUACACCCUCGGGGCUUGUGCCUCUGCAUCUUCGAUCACCUCAAGUCCCUGCUGCUCAACAGAUGUUAAAUUUUCCUGAGAAGAACAAGGAAAAACCAAUUGAUUUACAGAACUUUGGUCUCCGAACUGACAUUUACUCCAAAAAAACACUGGCAAAGAGUAAAGGUGCUAGUGCUGGAAGGGAGUGGACGGAACAGGAGACCCUUCUGCUCUUAGAGGCUCUGGAGAUGUACAAGGAUGACUGGAAUAAAGUCUCUGAACACGUUGGAAGUCGAACUCAGGACGAAUGCAUCCUCCACUUUUUGAGGCUUCCCAUUGAGGACCCAUACCUUGAAAAUUCAGAUGCUUCCCUUGGGCCGCUAGCUUACCAGCCUGUCCCUUUCAGCCAGUCAGGGAACCCUGUGAUGAGUACUGUUGCCUUUCUAGCAUCUGUGGUUGAUCCUCGUGUAGCAUCUGCUGCAGCAAAAGCAGCUUUGGAGGAAUUUUCUCGGGUCCGAGAAGAAGUCCCCCUGGAAUUGGUUGAAGCACAUGUCAAGAAAGUACAAGAGGCUGCGAGAGCCUCUGGAAAGGUAGAUCCCACCUACGGUUUGGAGAGCAGCUGCAUUGCCGGCACCGGGCCUGACGAGCCUGAGAAGCUUGAAGGGUCUGAAGAAGAAAAGAUGGAAACAGAUCCUGAUGGUCAGCAGCCUGAAAAGGCAGAAAACAAAGUGGAAAAUGAAUCAGAUGAAGGUGAUAAAACACAAGAUGGAGAAAAUGAAAAAACGAGUGAGAAGGAACAAGACAGUGAAGUCAGUGAGGAUGUCAAGCCAGAAGAAAAGGAGAAUGAAGAGAACAAAGAACUCACUGAUCCAUGUAAAGAGAGAGAAAGCGAUAAUGGGAAGAAGAAAGUGGAACACGAGAUUUCUGAAGGAAACGUUGCCACAGCCGCAGCAGCUGCUCUCGCCUCAGCUGCCACCAAAGCCAAGCACCUGGCUGCUGUGGAAGAGAGAAAGAUCAAGUCCCUCGUGGCUCUCCUGGUUGAAACACAGAUGAAGAAAUUAGAGAUCAAACUUCGACACUUUGAGGAGCUGGAGACUAUUAUGGACAGAGAGAAAGAGGCUCUAGAACAGCAGAGACAGCAGUUGCUCACUGAGCGCCAAAACUUCCACAUGGAGCAAUUAAAAUAUGCUGAGUUACGUGCUCGACAACAAAUGGAACAGCAGCAACAUGGCCAGAACCCUCAACAAGCACACCAGCACUCAGGAGGACCUGGUCUGGCCCCACUUGGAGCAGCAGGACACCCUGGCAUGAUGCCUCAUCAGCAGCCACCUCCCUACCCUCUGAUGCACCAUCAGAUGCCACCACCCCAUCCUCCCCAGCCAGGUCAGAUACCAGGCCCUGGCUCCAUGAUGCCUGGGCAGCCCAUGCCAGGCCGCAUGAUUCCCACUGUGGCAGCCAACAUCCACCCUACUGGGAGUGCCCCUGCCCCUCCCGGUAUGCCUCCAAUGCCCGGAAACAUCUUAGGACCCCGGGUACCCCUCACAGCGCCAAACGGCAUGUAUCCUCCUGCACCACAGCAGCCGCCGCCGCCACCUGCAGAUGGGGUCCCUCCACCUCCUGCUCCAGGCCAGCCAGCCUCGGCCACUCCCUAGCCUGAAGAUACAGGGCGCCUCCACACCCACCACAAGCUGAACUGGGGAUGGCAAGACUUGUGUCUCAGCUUCCUUGGUUUUCUUUCAGGAUUUUUUUCUCACAGCCCCAAGUACAAGUCCCGUGUCUUCCCCAUUCCCUGAUACUUCUUGUGUCGGGUCCUCGGCUGGGGCAUGAUGGGAAGCCUGUGGUGACUGCUGUGCCCUGGUCAUUGGAAAAGUAACCGUUGUCUCACCUGUCCCAGUGUCCAGGUGCUGGCAGUUGGUUGGCAGGUCCUAUUAUGUCUCCCUCUUUGCUUUUGUCUUAUGCUUCAGUGG